GAUCAAACAGAACAGUUCUUUAGAAGUGGACAUACAAAUAACUGGGCAGUUUUGGUGUGUACAUCUCGAUUCUGGUUUAAUUAUCGUCAUGUGGCAAAUACUCUUUCAGUAUACAGAAGUGUCAGUGGAGAUGUUAGCAACCCUAACUGUACUAAAAUGGAAGACUUCCACAUCUGCAACUACGCUGAGAAAUGGCUGAAAUGUUUUUGUCUUAUUUUCCAUAGUCACAUUGUCCUCAUGCUAGCAGAUGAUAUGGCAUGUAAUCCCAGAAAUCCCAAACCAGCUACUGUGUUCAGUCAUAAAAACAUGGAACUAAAUGUCUAUGGAGAUGAUGUGGAAGUGGAUUACAGAAGCUAUGAGGUUACUGUUGAAAAUUUCUUGCGUGUAUUAACAGGAAGAAUCCCGCCAAGUACACCACGAUCUAAACGUCUCCUUUCUGAUGACAGAAGCAAUAUUCUAAUAUAUAUGACAGGUCAUGGUGGAAAUGGUUUCCUAAAAUUUCAAGAUUCUGAAGAAAUCACAAAUGUAGAACUCGCUGAUGCCUUUGAACAGAUGUGGCAGAAAAGAAGGUACAAUGAAUUGUUGUUUAUUAUUGAUACUUGUCAAGGAGCAUCCAUGUAUGAACGAUUUUAUUCACCUAAUAUAAUGGCCUUGGCUAGCAGCCAAGUUGGAGAAGAUUCUUUAUCACAUCAGCCUGAUCUUGGGAUUGGCGUUCAUCUUAUGGACAGAUACACAUUCUAUGUACUAGAGUUCUUGGAAGAAAUUCAUCCAGCCAGUCAGACAAAUAUGAAUGACCUAUUUCAGGUCUGUCCAAAAAGUUUGUGUGUUUCCACUCCUGGGCACCGAACUGAUCUCUUUCAGCGAGACCCGCAAAAUGUUCUCAUAACAGACUUCUUUGGCAGUGUGAGAAAGGUGGAAAUUACGACAGAGAGAAUUUCUUUGGAUGGUGACUUAGCUGGUUUUGAAAGCAA